UGCCCCCAUUCUAGGGCACGCUUGUCCUGCUUCCCUGCUUCAACAUACCCGCACCUUUCCUCUACUGCUCAUUCAUGCUCAAGCCGCGUAGGCGUCUCCCCCUCCUGUUCCCCCCUCCCACCUUAGACCAUUUUUCCCCCCUUCUGCUCUUCAACCAGCCCUGGUGCUCGCCAACUGCAGCGAUGCAGUCUGGCACUUCGAGGACCAUCCGGGCAGGGAACAGCCAGCUCGGCGGGGCAUCCAAGGGCAAGGCCACCACCGCUGGGCAGACGCAGAACUCGCGCACAAAGAACACCAGCGGCGGCAACAGCGGAAGCAGCGGCGGCCGAAUCCGCGUCGAGUGCAACGGCAGGGACGUGACGCCCAAGAGCCUCGUGCCGUCCCUUUAUCAGGCACAGAAGCCCGACGCCGCCGGAUCGGCAGGGCAGCCCGGCUCCGGCCAGGGCGCAGCGGGCGCCGAGUCAACCGCCGCGGGCGCCGGCGGCGCAGGUGGCGAGGAACCAGCGCCUGCCGCGAGGGAGCCGCCGCACGAAAGGCUGCGCCAGGCGAAGCCGGCGGGGCUGACCAAGGAGGAGAUGGAGCGCAACAUCGACAUUGCCCUCUGCGAGACAGACACUGACACACUGCUGUUCUUCCCAUCGCUGUGCGUCGCGCUGGACAAUCCCCAGUCCGCCACCGUGUCCGCCCGCAACAAGGCCUACGAGGAGUUGUGCGCCUCGAAGGCGGAGAGCGAUCAGUACAGGGAGCAGCACGCCCAGACGCUCAACCACGCACAUAAGAGCAAGGAGGUAUUCGCUGCGCCCCCGACGCAGGAGAGCGUCGAGGUGAACGCCAAUGGAUGGGACAUAUAUGACACCUUCGCCACGGACACCGUGCCCAAGCACGUACUCAUCCAGCAGGCCUGCGACCGAGAGUCUGCGCUGACCGUGUCGGAGGCGGUCAAGAAGCCUGGCUGCCUCUUCACCAUGACCGAGCCUUACCCGACCAGCGACGCGGGGAAGGAGACCGCCAAGAAGAAGGACGACGCCAAGGGCACGAGGAAGCGGGGCGCGACCGGGGGAGUCACGGGCAUGGUGUCCCGGGACAUCUCGGGCUCCGCCGCCACCACCAAGCAGCUGGGCGGCGGGCCCACGUCCACCUCGCUGGACGGCGGCCCGUCCCAGCUGGCCACGGUGGCGGAAGGGCGCGGGGCCGCGCCCGCGACGCCCCAGGCGGAGGGCGAGAAGGACGAGUCUCCACCAGUGCCCGCCGACGCGGAGGAGGGCGCCGCUGCCGAGCCGGCGCCGAUGGACCCGAUCCCGUGGAAGGCGGGUGCGGAUAGUCCCAUCCCUGGCGAGCUGCUGCAGCAGCUUCGCGUGAUGGAGCGCAUCGUCUCGCAGAACGUGUUCCACAAGCAGCACAUGAUCUACAGGAACUAUCCCACGCUGGAGGAGCUGGCCAAGCUGGACGAGCUGCGCGAGGCGCGCGACACCGAGGCGGCCCUCGAGGCAGCGCCCGCCGCCCCCGGUCCCACCUCGGUCGCCCUCGAGGGUGCGGCGGGCAUCGCCGAGGACGCCGAGGAGCCGGACGAGGAGGGGCCGCUGCAGGAGGGGAGCCGAGAGGAGGCCGACAAGGACAAGGCGGCCUUGCAGGAUCUGUUUUGCUUCAACGCGCCCCAGCUGACGCAGGACAUGACCGUCACUUGCGCGGAGUGGAAUAGAAGCAACCAGGAUUUGCUCGCAGUCUCGUACGGCGACACGUCCCCCGUGCCGAACGCCCAGGGCGGGUUCGUCCUCUUCUGGUCUCUGAAAAAUCCCACCUAUCCCGAGCGUGUCAUCCGAACUCCGCACGGCGUGACCUCUCUGCAUUUCUCCUCUGCGCAUUCCAACAUGAUCGCGGCCGGCUGCCACGAUGGCUCCGUGAUGAUCUGGGACCUGAGACAGGCGAGACAAGACCCGGUGCUGCGGAGCGGGUCGUCGGUCUCCACCAACAACAAUCAAAAGCAUACCGACAUCGUUUGGGAGACUCGCUGGGUAGACCAGGGCCCAGACAAGCAGCCCCCCGAGCUGCUCGUGUCCGUCAGCAGCGACGGCUCAGUUCUGCAGUGGUCGAUGAAGAAGGGGCUCGAGCAGCAGGCGCUAAUGCAGCUGAAGCGGGUGCAGAACCCGUUCUUAGGCUGCAACGCCGUGUACGGGCACAAGGAGGGCAUCGUGUUUCGGAAAAGCAGUGGCUUCUGUGUCGAUUUCCCGCGGCACGACCCCUCCACGUACCUCGUGGGGACGGAAGACGGGCUGGUUCACAAGUGCUCUACAUCUUAUGGAGAGCAGUACCUCGACACCUACUACGGUCACUCUGGCCCGGUGUACAAAGUACGAUGCAACCCAUUCAUGUCCCAUGCCUUCCUGACCUGCUCCGCAGACUGGACCAUGAAGCUCUGGACCACCAGGCCCAUCCAGGGGCACCAGCCCGAAACCCCGCUGAUGAACUUCCAGUCUACCGAUUUGUCCGAUGCUGUCAACGACGUGAUCUGGGCUCCGCAGGACUCCACGUCCUUCGCCGCGGCCAUGGACGAUGGCCGUGUGGAGCUCUGGGACUUGUCCGACACGCAGCUGGACCCGAUCGUUGUUCACUACCCGCAGGGCAUACAAAACCGGAGGCGGAGGACGUGCGUGCGCUUCUCUCCGAACUCCCCCGUGCUGAUCGCGGGUGACGACAAAGGAAGUGUAGACGUGAUGCGCAUGUACAAUACGAACCAGUCCUAUUACUCCGACCAGGAGCAGCAGGAUAGAUUGAAUAGCGUAAUGAUGAAGAAGCGAUGAGUCGCUUGGCCGCUGCCGCCGGAUGCCCGUUUGCAUCCCGGGCUCAGCUUUCCGACUGCGCGCUGCAAAAAUCAUCCAGUCCUCCUCAUCAUCGUUCCUUCUCCUCCUCCUCCUUCUUGCCAUUCGGGGGCACAUAGAUUACGCGGGCCUGCCGUAGCGUCAACCCGUGUGGCAGUUUGAACCCGCCUGGCCGUUUUAAUCCAGCUCUGCGUUGGAUAUCCUUGAGCCUUCUGUGGCCACCUUAGAAACAGUUUGAUGCAAACGCCGCCCUUGAGGAAUUCUGAGGACAUGGUCGGAACGUGAUUCUGAUCGGAAUCCGUCUGAAUUCCAGAAUUCCGCUUUCACCGCCGCUGCCGCGGUAACCUGCCCGUGAGACAUGUGUUGCCUCAACCUGCAAAUCAUGGACGGAGCA